AUGAUGGCUAAAUUACAAUUUCCAUCAUUAGUGAAACGACAUUUCCAAAACGACCAUGUGCAGCAUAUUCCUACAGAGAAGACCAUCAAAGCUAUUUAUGAUAAGUUUCUUGAAAUAGGAUUGGUACAUGAUCGUGAACGAUCAGGAAGACCAUCUGUAACAGCAUCCAAAAAAUUAGAUAAAAGUGCUGAAGUUUUGUCAAACAAUUCGAUGAAUAGUGUUCGCCGUGUUUUUCAAGAAGUUAAUAUGUCGAAGUCGGUGGCCCAUCGUGCAAGGCAUGAUGUUUUAGGAUAUAAACCAUGUUACAAUAUUUUGGGCGAUGGAACUCCAGCACAAAUUAUUCCAAUGUUGACGGGUAUGCAAGAAAAAGAAUUGCCAUCGACACUCCAUCGUGAUAAAAACGGCUCAUUUGUCAAUGUCUAUCCAUUUGUUUGGAAUAAAUAUCGAGAUCAAGGCUAUGUUACAGGCUAUGCUGAAGAUGGACCCAAUAUCGGAAUUUGGACAUUACGGUUGAGAGGUUUUAAUCAAACGCCGACUGAUCAUUAUAUGCUACCAUUCUACCGACUACCAGUAACCAAAUCUUUCUUGUAUGCACAAAACUCCUAUUGCUUUGGCAAUCAAACAUCGUUCGAAUUAUUUCUUUCAUACAUCCGGCGAUUUUGGACAUCGUAUCCGACAGAUAACAAAUUUUUUUUUGGUUUCUUCAAACAGUAUACGCACGAUGAUUAUUCACGAGGUUCGUUGACCGAUGCACCUAUAUUUGAUCUACUUCGCACGCUACAUAAAUCUGGUCAACUUGAACGUACUGUUUUCAUUCUAAUGACAGAUCAUGGAGCACGAUUUUCAGCGGCUCGUCAUACACCACAGGGCACAAUUGAAGAACGUUUACCAUUCAUGAGUUUCAUUUUACCAUCGAGCUUUCGUCAAAAGUAUCCACGUGCAGUCAAUGCACUUCGAACGAAUAUCAAUCGUUUGACUACUCCAUUGGAUGUUCAUGCUACACUUCUAUCUCUACUCGAUAUGAACGAGGCGAGCAGUACAAAUAAUGUCAAUGUCACACAACGAGCUAUCUCUCUGUUUAAUGUUAUACCAGCACAACGAACAUGUGAUCAUAUUAAACUCGCGCCGCACUGGUGUUCAUGUCUGCAUUGGCAAAAAGUCAAUGUGAAUGAUAUCAAAAUUAAACAGGCAGCCAAACAUAUUGUUAAUUAUAUCAAUCAACUUCUUUCAACUGGACGCCAGUCGUUAUGUCGUCCUCUUAUACUUGACUCAAUUCGUAGUGCACAAAUGUAUAGACCUAAGAAAAAUUUUUCAGUAUCAGUAGAUCGACGUGUUCGAGUACUUGCCCACUGGAAUAAGGCGAAUGAUGUUGUUUUCUAUCAAAUUACUUUUCGAACAAAACCGAAUGGAGCUAUAUUUGAGGCAACAACUCAAUACACAAGUCAAACUGGUAGUCUAAGCACUGAUCAUACUCAUAUUAGCCGUCUCAAUGCUUACAAAUCAUCGGCUGAUUGUAUCGUUGUUUGUUUUCUCGACUGA